AUGAUAAAGAUUGAUGAAAGAGAACCAGAAGGAUAUGAAUGGUAUAAAGAACAGAUAGCUGGUCAUCAUCCAUCUGUUAUUAAAGGUAAUCAAAAACAAAUUGGGUUGUUAAAAAAGAAAAAUGGUAAAAAUGUUCUUAAGGUAGUUCAAGAUGGAAUGAAGGGUGAAUUGGAAGUUCAGUUUUAUGAUACAUUGUUUAAUCAAGAUGUACCAAAAAGUUUAGAAUUGCUAAAAAGUUUUGUACCUGAGUAUUUUGGAUUACAUGAUAUUAAAUUUACCGACAAAACAUUCAAAUUUAUUGAAUUAGCUGAUAUAGCUGAAGGGUAUAAAUUUCCUUGUCAAAUGGAUGUUAAAAUUGGAAUAAAAACAUUUGAUCCACAUGCAUCACUAAAGAAACAAGAAAACGAAAGAUAUAGAUUAAAUUUAAUUGAUAACAUCGAUAAAAAUAAUGUAAGUUUAAUUGCUAAAGAUCGAGUGUGGGGUCGUUCAUUUGAUGAAAAAAAUGUAUUAUUUGCAUUCAAAGAAUUUUUCAUUCAUAAUUCCUCACAUUUGAAUAGUCAUUUAUUAGAAAAUUUUUUGAAACAACUUAAAACAUUGGAAUCAUGGUUUAGUGUUCAAACAAGUUAUCACUUCUAUGCUUCUUCUCUUUUAUUUGUAUACGAAGGUAACGCAAAAGUGAAAGAAGAACUUAAGCCAACAAUUAAAAUGAUCGAUUUUUCUCAUACUUAUUCUGGUAAUGGACAACUAGAUAAAAAUUAUAUUCCCGGUUUACAAAAUUUAAUUGAAAUAUUUGAAAAAUGUUUAAAUUUAAUGUGA